AUGGCCUCCUCAAGUCACAAUUUUCAAGAAAUCAAUGAUCUAUGUGCCAACCUCAAUCUUGAAGAAGAAGAGGAGGAUGUUAUUAUACGCAAUACUGGCAGCAUUGAUACAGGAGUGGAUACGAGAUGGUGCUUAGUAGGAACUUUCAUCCAACAUCACCAAAUGGAUUUUGACACUAUCCAACAUCAACUUGCUUCUCUGUGGAAACCAGGAAUGGGUAUGUUUUGUAAGGAAUUGGGAUCAAAUCGUUUUCUCUUUCAAUUCUAUCAUGAUGUUGACAUCAAUAGAGUCAUAGAUGGCAGCCCCUGGAGAUGCCUUCGUAAGCUCAUCAUAUUCGACAGACUCAAAGCCGGUGAUGAUCCCAGAUCAAUCCCUUUGUCUAAACUUGACAUUUGGGUUCAAAUAUUCAAUCUACAACCAGGUUUUAUGUCAGAACAUGUGGUUAAAGAUGUUGGAAAUAGGAUGGGAGCUUACAUUGAAUCUGACCCGAACAAUUUCACUGGAGACUGGAAAGAAUUUCUCAGGAUUCGGGUUACUCUUCAUAUUGGGAAACCACUUCGAAGGAAAAUGAAGAUUAGCCCAGAAGGAGAAGAUAGCUUUUGGAUCAACUUCAAAUAUGAACGUGCCCCCACGUUUUGUUUCAUUUGCGGCAUCAUAGGCCACACUGAAAACUUCUGCAGCCAACUCUUCCAUACUCCUCCUGAAAAAAUUGUUAAGCCUUACAGUAAUUGGAUGAGAGCUCAACCAACCCGUCAAUCCAAGUUCAUUGGUUCCAAGUGGCUACGCAACGUUGGAUGGCAACCGGAGCAAGUUGGUCUUCAUCCCUCAGGCCGGUGA